UGCAAAUUCGUCGUCGCAGUUGGAGUGCAGCAUUUCUGUAAAUAUUCAGCGGCAAUGUCCGAGUUCGAUGAUGAAAUGGGUUUCGCCUGCGAUUGUAUCGCUAGUAAGAUUUAUGCGAAACUUCCAGGCACGCCGGGUCGUUCAGGUCGUAUUCCAUAUCGUGCUGUUUAUGAUAGCCAAGAUGAAGCACGUCGACGUGGUUAUUGGAUUCCAGGUGUUCCGAUUAAAGCAAAAAUAACGAAAGUUGAAAAAGAUACUAAAUUUGGAUUGCAUCUAAUUAACGCUUAUUUAUAUACAAUUGAACUGGAACAUGGACCAUUUCGCUGGAGCGUUGUUAAACGUAAUAAAGAUUUUGCAGUUUUGGCUGCAAGAUUGUUAACUCAUCGUGCAGCUGAACGUAUUCGUGCACCUGUAAAAAGAGCGGCAGAAGCAGUAGACGAUGUGCUUGAAUCAGUUGGUUUGGAUUUACUUCCUGAGCAUUCGAGUGAUUGCAUUUAUAAUCGACGAAAUCGUGCCUCCAUGAAUGAAAGAUUGGAAGCUUGGCUACAAGCAGUGUUACAUAUACCUGUAAACAGGAACCACCACGAAACCGCUGAGUUUCUCGAAGUCUCCAGAUUUUCUUUUGUCAAUGAAUUAGGUGGUAAGUAUGCUGAAGGUUUUGUGAAAAAACGUCCUGGUGGUAAUCGUGUUUUUAUUGGUUGGAAACAAUUUUGUGUGCGGCAUUUCCUUUGUUGGUCAAAGCGCUGGUUAAUCUUAAAGGAUUCUUCUGUUUGUUAUAUGGACGCAAACAAUGAACAAAUUCGAUUCGUCAUAUUCUUCGAUCGUGAUUUUGGAGUUUCAGCUGGAGUGGAUGAAACUGAAGGAAUGCCUAGUGGCCUCAUUUUAUCUAAUCAACAACAUGAAUUAGCUCUAAAAUGCGCAACGCCUUUGGAUGCUGAAAAGUGGAAGAUGGCUAUUCUUGAAACAAUGAAUGGAGUAGGUCGCAUAUGGCGGGAACCACAUCCUUACGGUUCCACAUACCCUGUUAGACGUUCACAAUCCGUUAAUUGGUUUGUGGACGGACGAAGUUUCAUGGAACAUGCAGCUAAUAUGUUGGAAUUAGCAAGGGAGGAAAUUUUCAUCGCAGAUUGGUGGUUGUCGCCUGAAAUUUAUCUCAAACGACCUCUUAUCGAAGGGAAUCGUUGGCGCUUGGAUGAGCUUUUAAAGAGAAAAGCUGAAGAGGGAAUCAAGAUUUUCGUAUUGCUUUAUAAAGAGAUGGAAAUGGCACUAGGCAUCAACAGUAUUUACACAAAAAAAACAUUACAGGGAUUGCAUAAAAAUAUCAAGGUUCUUCGACAUCCAGAUCACUAUAUUUCAUCGGGAACAUUUUUUUGGGCUCAUCACGAAAAGUUAAUAAUUGUUGACCAGCUAGUUGCAUUUGUCGGUGGCAUUGAUUUAUGUUAUGGACGAUGGGAUGAAGCUCGCCAUAAAUUGGUCGAUCUCGGCUCAGUGAAGUAUGGCGAAGGUCAUGCCUUUAAUAUUUUUAAGCUACAUGGAAUGCGAUCGUUAGCAGCAGCAUCUGCUACUUUUUCUCCAUUAGGUCUAGAAGAUGAAGAAAUUUGCUCAAAAAGUUCAGAGCAGAUAUGUGAUAUCGAUGAAGUAGAUAGAGCAAGCCAAACAGAAAAGCAAUCGGUGUCACAUGCAAAAGAGCCAUCUGUCAAUUAUUGGAAAUUAAGGCCGAAAUAUUCUUGUCCUCCUAGCGAUUUACAAAAAGUUCCAACUGUCGUAAAGGCAACAGAACUUAACGAUCAAGAUGAAAAAAUAAAGGGUAUAGAAAUGGAAGGAGCUGGCAAGAUAUGGUUGGGCAAGGAUUAUGUGAAUUUCAUUCGAAAGGAUUUCGUUCAGCUUGAUAUGCCUUAUCACGAUUUCAUCGAUCGUGGUAGCACUCCAAGGAUGCCGUGGCACGAUAUUCAUGCUGUGACUUAUGGUAGUAGUGCACGUGACCUGGCGCGACAUUUUAUUCAACGAUGGAAUGCAACAAAAACAGAAAAGUCCAAAGAUCUAAAGGAUUAUCCAUUUCUUUUGCCUAAAUCUUAUGAUACUAUCAAAGUGCCCAGAGUGCUCUCAAAUAUUAGCAUAUUGGCUGACGUUCAAGUAUUGCGGUCAGUAUCAAAAUGGUCAUCAUUAAUUAACCAUACCGAAGACAGUAUUCAGCAGGCGUAUUUAUCUUUGAUAGCUAACUCUCGCCAUUGUAUAUAUAUUGAAAAUCAAUUUUUCGUUUCUUUAAUCGAAAGUCACGAAGUUUACAAUGAAAUUUGUCGAGUUUUAUGUGAUCGUAUUAAACGAGCUUAUUAUGAUAAGGAAAAUUUUCGAGUAUAUAUAUUGGUGCCUCUAUUGCCGGGAUUUGAAGGAGAUGUUGGCACUCCUGGUGGGUCAGCUUUAACGGCUGUGUUGAAUUGGACUUAUUUAUCAUUAUCAAGAGGACCGAAUUCAUUGCUGGAAAAUCUUAAGAAAGUGGUUCCCGAUCCUAUGAAAUAUAUUAGUGUCAAUUCAUUGCGAACGUACGAUAUUCUAUGUGGAAAACUUGUAUCAGAGCUCAUUUAUAUUCACUGCAAAUUAAUGAUUGUUGACGAUAAGAGCGUUAUCAUUGGAUCAGCCAACAUAAAUGACCGUUCACAAAUGGGCAAUAGAGAUUCUGAGGUUUGCAUUCUUAUCAAGGAUAUAGAUUUUAUCCCCUCAAAGAUGAAUGGCAGGCCAUAUGAAGCAGGAAAAUUCGCAAUCAGUCUGCGUAAGCGGCUAAUGAUGGAACAUUUAGGAAUGUUGCCUGAACAGGUUCGUCAAAGGAAAGAUAAAAUAAUUCCUGAUAUAGACUUGGACGAUCCAGUAAUCGAUUCAUUCUUUAUUGGUACAUGGAAAUCUAUUGCUAAAAAAAAUACCAAAAUUUAUGAAGAUGUAUUUCGUGUUUAUCCCACCGACCAAAUCCAUAGUUUCGAAGAAUUGAAAGUUUGGGCUGGUCAAAUGCCAAUGAGUGAAUAUAGUCCGCAGAUUGCUGAGGAGCAGCUCCGUGAUCUUAUUGGAACACUUGUUGAAUUUCCAUUGAAUUUCCUAUUAAAAGAAGAUCUUGCUCCAGGUUUGGGGUCCAAAGAAGGGCUUGUGCCAACUUCUGUUUUUACUUAA